CAGCAGUGAGAGUAACAUUACCGUCUCUCUCUGUAGGGGCUUUUUCACUUAAAACCGGCUACUUUUUAUUGUCUUGUAGUAACGCCUUUUCAGCAGUGCGCGUACACUAAGGUAGAAAACUCUCCGUUGUUCCUGCGAAACUUGAAAUGCCAUUAUUUUUUGGCGAACCUGUUGUGUCAUUUUUCCGUGUAAUCCGAGCUGCGGCGCAGUACGGCACAAGUUAGCCUGCGUGUGGUGUGUGUGCGUGGGGAAAGAGUGUCCUUGUGGAGAAGAGUGGACAUAAUUUCGACCCACAGACACUCGGGUUAACAGUCAAAUUGGAUAUCUUAAGUUUUGCUCAGAUAACAGACUGCAGCCCACGCUUCUUCCUUAAAAAAAAGAGUCGGAGCGCCCGUUGCACACUUUGUUUGCGGAGCAAAUCCCUGGGUAUUCACAGAAAUCAAUUACUGGAUUGAUUUUUUCCAGAGCAUGCACCCAUACGUGCAGUCUACGGAUGGAUAACUUAGGUGUUUUAUCGCUUCUCUGUUAAUGCGACCACCGUGUAAACGGCUAAAUGACCCGCGGGACAAAUCCCCGGUGAAGACAUCAAAACAAGCGCGGAUUUGAGGUCGAUAGCAGAGAAUAAGCCGAUAAGUCUAAACACACUCUAAUGUAUUAACUCGAUCAAUCCAGAUGAAAAUGAGGUAGGCGAUCACAGGUCGCUGAAACGCCGCAGUUAGAGAUCACGGCUCCGUUACACCGUGAAGCCCCAGAUAAGUGAGUGAAAGUCAGUCAGCCUAUUUGCCGAGCCUUCUUACCCCCACAGCCUACUUAGUUUUGGACUCCGGAGCGAGGAAGCGAGAGUUGGGAGUUUGUCAGCAGUGACAUCGUUCAACUCCCGGAGCUCUCAUCAUCGCUUCCCCGGGAAGGAGAGAGCUGCCGGCGCUGAAGCCUGUCCUCCCUACCACCGCCACCGCUGUCCGUGCGGACUUCUUCUCAUUCGUGCGGAGGGGAGAGAGAGUUGCAGAAGUAAAGCACAAGAAGCGGACCCUUUUUUCGCAGGAUGAAGCAGGGAAUUAGCCGUGAGGGGUCUCUGGAACGGGUGGAGGGAACCGCUACAGGGAGCCGGGAGAAGAUGGUGAUGAGAACCGUGACGACCCGGAGAGUGAACCGGUGUCUGCCUCUCUUUCUCCUGCUCCUUCUCGGCAGCAACUGCCACAUGUUGCACGGCCAAGAAGUGGCUCCCUACCUGCGAGGAGGUGGACAGGGGCAGCAGGUGGUGUUAGAGGGAAACAGACUGGUGCUGACCUGCCUCGCUGGAGGCAGCUGGCCUCUGCAGUACCGCUGGAAUCUCAACAACAGCAACAUCACUGACUGGACGCCACAGUACAGGUUGUCUAUGCCGUCUCUGAAGAGGACUGACGCUGGACUGUAUCAGUGCAUGGUGAGGAACAGGAUGGGAGCAGUAAUACACAGGAGAACGGAGGUGCAGGUGGCCUUUCUGAGUAACUUCUCGGCUGAGGAGCAGAGAAAGACGGUGACUCAAGGCCGAGCAGCCAUCAUCAACCCGCCUCCUCUUGCUUCGUUUCCUCAACCACUAGUCACAUGGUACAAAGAUGGACACAAGAUAAUCCCCACCAACCGAAUAACAAUCACUUUGGACAAUCAGCUGGUUGUCCUGGCAACCGCUGCAACGGACGCUGGACGUUAUCACGUAGAAGCGGUGAACGAGAUGACCGGCGAGACUGUGACGAGUCCUGCUGUCUACCUGAGCAUCUCAGAUCCCGAGUCAGAGCUGGUGGCUCCAGCAAUCGUGAUUGGACCUAAAGACACAACGGUGGUGGCGGGGAAUGAAGCUACACUGGAGUGCAUUGCUAAUGCUAGACCAGUGGAUCGCCUUCUGGUGUCAUGGAAGCGUGAUGGGCGUCGGCUUUCCAGUGGACAACGGCUCAUUAUUCCUGCCCCCACCUCUUCUGACACAGGCUUAUAUGUUUGUGAAGCAUCGUUUAGCAACAGCACUGCCAAACCUGUGGAGGCAAAAGCACACCUCACGAUAAUGGAUCUGCCUUCUCUGACUGCUCAGCCAAAAAGGAACAUCUUUGCAGAGCUCGACAGGAAUGUGGAGAUCCCCUGCCAGGCUGCAGGUGUGCCUCAGCCCAGGAUUGAGUGGUAUAAGGACACAGUGCCUCUUUCCAAACUGGCCAAUCCUCGCUACAAGGUCAGCGCAGCAAACGGGCUGACCGUGCGCAGGGUGCAGCCAGGAGAUGGAGGAAUAUUCCAGUGCUUUGCUCGCAACGCUGCUGGAGAGACUCAAGCACAGACCCAGCUCUUUGUCUCCAGUGUAGCCCCCACAUUUACAUCACCCCCCUCUGACCAAACAGUGACUGAUGGCAACACGGCAUUGUUUACCUGCCAGACUAGCGGCGCUCCAAAACCUGCCAUUACCUGGAGGAAAGGAUCACAGGUCUUAGCCAGCGGUUCUGUCCAGGUUCCCAGGUUCACGUUGUUGCAGUCGGGUGGCCUGGAGAUUCAGCCAGUCAGCUUCCAGGAUUCAGGAGAAUAUACCUGCAUCGCCUCCAACAUGGAGGGAACAAUCAACGCCACAGCUACGCUCACCGUUUGGAAUCGCACAGUCAUUUCUGUGCCUCCGACAGACCAGCGUGUUAUUAAAGGAACCACUGCUACUCUGAAAUGCGACGCUACGCACGACCCCAGAAUCGGUAUCAGCUAUAAAUGGGAUCGAAGUGGCAUGCCGGUUCUUCCAACCGGUGGGGGGCGUGUGUCUGUGCGCCAAGGCUUUCUCACUAUUAGCCAGACCUGGUCAGGUGAUAUCGGGGAUUACACCUGCACUGUGGCAUCACAAGCUGGCAAUGACUCUCACUCUGCACGCCUCGAAGUCAUUGAGCUGCCACAUUCUCCUCGCUCCCUGACGGCUCGCCUCAAUGAUUCGGACUCCCGCUCUGUCCUUCUGUCCUGGCUUCGCCCUUUUGACGGGAACUCCCCUCUUCUGUACUACGUGCUGGAGCUCUCAGAGAACAACUCACCAUGGAAGGUCUACCUAUCAGAAGUUGAUCCCGCAGUGACCAAGGUAUCAGUGGGCGGGCUCACACCUGCCAGAACCUACCAGUUUAGACUCUGUGCUGUCAAUCAAGUGGGCAGGGGUCAGUACAGUGCCGAGACACACAGGCUGAUGCUAAGGGAGGAGGCACCCAGCGCUCCUCCUAAAAAUAUUGUGGCCAGUGGGCGCACAAACCAGUCCAUAAUGGUCCAGUGGCAGCCUCCACCAGAACCCCAGCUUAACGGAGUCCUCCGAGGAUAUGUACUCAGGUACCGUCUGGCAGGGCUGCCAGGAGACUACCAGGAGAAGAACAUCAGCAGCCCAGAGACCAACUACUGUCUGCUGAAAGAUCUGAUCAUCUGGACGCAAUACCAGAUCCAGGUGGCCGCCUACACGGGAGCAGGCCUCGGUAUCUACAGCAGUCCUGUCACCGAGUACACACUGCAGGGAGUUCCCACAGCACCUCCACAGGAAGUGGAAAUUGUUGCUAUAAACUCGACUACUAUCCAGUUCACUUGGAACCCUCCACCUCAGCAGUUCAUUAAUGGCAUCAACCAGGGAUACAAGCUGCUGGUCUGGCCAGAGCAGUCUCCAGAGGACGUUACUAUAGUAACCAUCACUCCAGACUACCCCAGUUCACGCCACACAGGGUCAGUCAGCGGUCUCAAGAAAUUCACCUGGUACUAUGGCUCUACCCUCUGCUUCACAACGCCUGGAGAUGGCCCCCGCAGCCCGCCCACUCUGGUGCAGACACAUGAGGACACCCCUGGACGUGUUCGGCACCUAAGCUUCACUGAAAUCUUGGACACGUCACUUAGAGUCAGCUGGGCAGAACCUGAAGAUAAGAACGGCAUCAUCACCGGUUACAUGCUGUGGUGGGAAGUGUCCAAUGUAGAGUCAAGUCGUGAGGAACGCUCUUUGUCCAACUCCACCCUGCAGUAUCAGCUGACCGGCCUCACCUCCACCACAGUGUACACAAUACAAGUGGCUGCGCUCACUGCUGCAGGACGGGGCGUGGUCACAUCCUCCACCAUCUCCACUGGGGUCCCACCAGAACUUCCUGGUGCUCCUUCAAACUUAGUCAUCUCCAACAUCAGCCCUCGGACAGCAACACUCAGAUUUCGACCUGGUCCAGAUGGCAAGACUGCCAUAUCACGAUGGAUAGUUGAAGGACAGGUGGUUAAGGACGAUGGAAAAGAAGAGGAGUGGAAAGUUGUCUACCAAAAAGACAACCAGCCAGAUGCAGACACACUGGAAAUCCCUGACCUCACUCCUUUCACUCAGUACAGGUUCAGGAUGCAGCAGGUGAACAUUGUCGGUUCCAGUCCCAUGAGCGCACCUUCUAGGCUGAUUCAAACAUUACAAGCUGCCCCAGACACACACCCCUCUGACCUCAGCCUUCUGUCUGCUACACAGACCAGCCUACGACUCAUCUGGAAGCCUCUUUCAGAAUCUGAGUAUAACAGCAGUCCAGAGACUGUGGGCUACCGGCUGCGUGUGUCGAGGACAGACGGCCAGGGGGAGAACAGGACGGAGGAUGUGAAGGGAACUGGGGACACCAGUGAGGGCACACUGGAAGGCCUGAAUCCCUUUACCCAGUACCAGGUUCGGAUACAAGCCUUCAACUCUAUAGGACCAGGACCAUGGAGCCAAACUAUUGCAGCACAUACAGCUGAAUCUGUUCCAUCUGGAUCUCCAGUGAAUGUGACUGCUGAGGCAGUGAGUUCCACCAAGAUCCUGCUCACGUGGUCUGCUCUCCCUGAGUCACAGAAGAAUGGAGUCAUUCUUGGAUAUAAGGUUUUAUACAGCAAGAAAGACUCAGAAGGUCCCCCCAGUGUUCAGGUGGCAGAAGGAGAGGGGAGUGUGUCGCUGCUCCUCGGGGCCCUCCAAAAAUACACAGUGUAUGUGCUGCAGGUGCUGGCAUACACACGGAUGGGUGACAGCCCACCCAGCAAUCCCAUACUGCUAAGAACCAAAGAAGAUGUCCCAGGGCCUCCUGUCAGGAUGGUGUUUCCAGAAGUUCGAUUGUCAUCUGUUAGGGUGGUUUGGCAGCCACCUGCAUUCCCCAACGGCAUCUUAUUAGGCUACCAGAUCUCCUACCGCCUUGACAGCAGGGACACUCAGCGCUGGACUACAGUGGAGGUGGGCUCCAAUGCUCGCCAGUUCACUGUCACGGGACUUUCCUCUGAGCAGACCUAUGUUUUCCGACUCAUUGCCCGCACUGCUGUGGGUUGGGGUGCAGAACAGGAAGCCCUGGUUGUCACCACUGAACGCAGAGAGCGUCCGCAGCCCCCCAGGAAGUUGUCCAUUCUUCAAGAUGAGGUUGAAUCUCGCCAACUCCGCAUCCACUGGGUGAUUGGUGGCUCAGGCUCGUCCCCGCUGAGGUACUUCACUCUGCAAAUCAAGGAGCUACCCAACGGGGACUGGAAAACCCACACAGCUGACAUCCCACACAACGUGACCUCCUGGACUGUUGACAGGCUGAAGCCCUUCACGUCUUACAAGUUUCGGAUGUUUGCCACCAACGACGUAGGAGACAGUGUCUCUAGCAAAGAGACAGAGGCUGCCACGACUCUGCAGGAUGUGCCUAAUGAGCCUCCAGUGAUUCUUUCAGUGAAACCGACAACUACUACCUCAGUGCUGGUACAGUGGAAGCAUCCCAGUGACAACAGUGUAAAUGGAGUUUUGACUGGAUACCGGCUGUAUUAUAGAGAGCUCCCAGUAAACACUUCCACUCUCACAGAAGCAGAAGUCCAGACAACCAAAAACAACACAAGUGCCCUCAUUACAACCAAGAGCACCUUCAAGACCGUCAGCAGUGCCUCGCUCACAGAGUUUGAGUUGACACAACUGAAGAAGUUCAGACGCUAUCAGAUUGUCAUGACGAGCUACAAUAUCAUCGGAGAGAGCCCACCCUCCAAUCCAGUGGAAGUGUCUGUUGGAGAGGCAGCUCCAUCAGUGGCCCCUCAGUCCAUCAAAGUGUCCGCUGUGUCUCCCUCCACCCUGGAAGUGACCUGGGACGCGCCGCCCCUCGAGACCCAGAACGGACUCAUCCAAGGAUACAAGAUUCAUUACUGGGAGAGAGACAAGCAGAACCAGAGCGAGAAGGUGAAGGUGAUUUUUGUCCCUGAGACUCGUGUGCACCUCACUAACCUGUCCAGCUACACACCUUACCUGGUCACGCUGACAGCCUUCAACACAGCUGGAGACGGACCCCCCAGUGACCCCCGUGGGGCCCGGACACUGCCGUCAGCUCCCGGCCCCCCGAGCCGCCUCUUCUUCUCUGAGGUGACAGAAGGAAGUCUCAACGUGUCUUGGGAAGCUCCACUCAGUCCUAAUGGACAGCUGGAAGGCUAUAGGGUCAUUUACGAGCCCACUGCAGCUGUACAAGGGGUGACUAAAUUGGUGACAGUUGAUGUGAAAGGUGGUUGGCAGCGGUGGCUGAAGGUUCGGGACCUGAUCAAAGGAGCAACUUACACUUUCAGUGUUCAGGCUUUCACAGUCAGCUAUGGACCACCAAUACAGGCAAACAUCACAGCUCAGCCUGUGAAAGGAACCCCUGGCUCACCUAUGGACAUGUCCAUCACCAAGACAUCAUCUGCCCUCACAAUCAGCUGGUCAGAAGGAGACAUCGGGGCCGACCCUUUGAAAGGAUACGUUAUUGAGGCUCGUCCCUCAGAUGAGGGGGUGUGGGAUUCCUUCAUCAAACUCUCUUCGAGCAGCAGGUCUGUGUCGGUGCCGCUGGAGCGCCUGAGAUCGGGGAUCAGCUACGAGUUCAGAGUCAUCGCUGUUAAUAAAUAUGGUUACGGACAACCGAGUGCACCCUCUGCUGCUCUCGCUGCACUGUCGGAUCGUCCCUUCUACGAGGAGUGGUGGUUCUUGCUGGUCAUGGCUCUGGUGGGACUCAUCCUCAUUCUGGUCCUGGUUUUCGCGCUGCUACUACAUGGACACAGCAGCAAGUACAAGGCAUGCGGGACAGGGAAGCACGUGUCCACAGUAGAGGAGUCUGUAACUCUGGACAAUGGAGGUUUCACAGCUCUGGAGCUCAACAGCAGGACUCUGAACACCAAGAACUCCUUCCUGAAAAAGAACGGGACCAGGUCUCCUCCCAGGCCCAGUCCAGGUGGACUUCACUACUCUGAUGAAGAUAUCUGUAACAACUAUAAUGGAGCUGUGCUCACUGAGAGCACCACACUCACUGAGAAACCUACUGAGGUCUCUGAGUCGGAGCUAACAGACAGUGACUACGAGGACGAGCAGCCAAAGCACUCCUUCGUUAACCACUACAUGAGCGACCCCACCUACUACAACUCCUGGAAGCGGCAGCCCAAAGGUCUUAAAGGCAUCGGCACGUCUUUUGGCUACGAGGAGUGUGCCACUGCAGACACAGAACCCUACUACCAGACCGUGGUCACCCAGCACAGCACAGGCGGCGCAUAUACACCCACGGGGCAGCCGGCGCACACACAUGUCAACCCCAACACCAACCCGCCAGGGUCGCGCACACCUGUGACGGGAUUCUCCUCAUUUGUUUGACUCUAGAGCCAAAAUCUGCACAAGAUAACACACACACACACACACACACGCACACACACACACAUAUAUAUACAUAUACGUAAUGAAAGGGGGGGUAUGUUUGGACUAAAGAGAGAGAGGACAAGAUGAGGACAUGUGGGACAGACUGGGGACGAAUCACCCCUUCAUGCCCCAAAGAACUAAACUUACACUUCUCACUCGCCUUCUCCCCUCGUUCACGAAGACCCUGUGUCGACGGUGUGUGUGUGUAGCUCUUUCACGCCUCUGUGUCACUGUGCACACACACACACAUUCACAACCUGAUAUUCCUGCCUAUUCCAGAGACGCUCCGCCAAGAGUGAAGGCUAGAUUAGUCACUAUGUUAUUGUCAAAGAGAAAAUUUCACCUCAAGCUGAUGGAUCCUGGGAUUUCAGCACAAAGAUUAUCCUCUGUUUUCUGUAUUUACACAUAAGUGCACAAGAACACGCACACACACAUGCACUCUUUGAUGCACCAUUUCAGGAUCUCCCACUGGGAGAGAGAAGCUUCAAGGUUGAGGAGAGUCGUUUAGAGAUGGCACAGAAGGGAGCAGCUUUUGUUCACAGGCUGGUUUCAUGUACACAAACACGGAGCUGUCAGCUUUAAAAGACCACCACAGAAGAAGAAAACAAUCGAUAAUCACUGUUUUUGUUUUUUUUACUUGAAAAGGACGGAGAGUGAGCGUGGCAGGGCUUCUUCAGCAUUCAGCAGCCAGAAUAAGAGUGCUGAGUGCUUUCUGAGAACAGUUUGGACUAAAUGGAAACCAUGUUUUUUACCGUCUACUGCCUGUUGUCAGUGCUCCCAAGCCAUAACGCUUGCACUGAGCUGACACCCCCCACCCACCCACCCCCCUUUUCUCCACACAUACAUUUCAUCUUUGUUCUGUUGAAGGUUCAUUUUUUACAGAUUUCACUGUGAGACGUGUGCGUACGAGCAUGCGUGUGCAUUGGUAAUUUCAGAAGCUUGUUCAUCCGUCUGUGUAGUUCACUGCUGAGCAAAGUGUGCCAUUGUAUGUAUGUUUGUAUAUUUUUUUGAGAUGGAUUUUGUACAGGAAGACCCUUUCUACUGUGUGUGCUCUUGUACGUAGUUUGGCCGUGUUUGUGCAAGUCAAAGCAAACAGCACUGGAGAAACUUCACAUACACUAACUGAUGAGAGAGAAAAGGUGGAGAUUGUUCACCAGUGUAAGCCACAGUGACUGACAGAAAGUGGAAUAAGUGCCCAGGAUAUUUAAGAGGUUCCUCCUCCUCCUCCUACAGGCUGAGUAUGGUUGAACUUCAUGAAGCCCCACCAUCUGAACCCUGGCCUCACCUGAAGGAGCAGCAAGCCAGACACACGUACUUUGUACUUUUUUCAAGUGCAAGUGACAUUUCUCUGUACGUUUUUGCUCAUGCAUACUUUAAAGGUUCUUCAUCAGCCCCACCAGCCAGCAGCCUCCCUCACUCUGUCACGCCUGUGCGGAGCUCCAUACAGUGUGUGAA